UGGUUGUGCCGUUUGAAGGCGUUUCCGACACAAUCAUCUUCCGUCCGCCUAGCUCUUUGAGCGACAACAUCGCAUGAGCUGUCGAAUGAGCUGUCGAAUGAGCUGAGUAAAGGAGUCGGAGGAUUUCCGCUCGAGGCAUCUUGCAGACAUAGCACGGCCAAACUAGAAUGAGUCGUGUCAUAGGGCCCGAGGCGCUCAAGUCGCGCAUGGAUGGCGGCGGGCGUUCUCAUCGCGGCGGCUUGCCUCUUGUUUUCGACAUUGGCUCGCAUUGCAUAUUUCUUGGGACGGCCGGACAGCCGCUGCCAUACCUGGAAAUACCCCCGGUGGUGGCGCAACACAGGAAUGCUGGUCAGCUGAACGAUGAUUCGCCGAUUGGCAGCCUCGUCGAGGAGCGGUCGGAAUACCUGCUCGGGCCCGACAAGAGAAAUGAAUAUUUUGUCGGCGAGCAAGCGAAGCAACUGCUUCGGUCGGCGGAGGGCGAAGGCUCUGAAUACGUUGCGCGAUAUCCUCUAGCGAAUCAGAGAGUCAUCAAUUGGACUGACCUGGAAAAAAUCUGGAUCCAUGGCAUGCACCACAAUCUCGGGGUGGUGGCCGAAGACCAUCCCAUCCUGAUGAACGUACCACCGUACUUACACGCCAAGGACCACCGCAAGAUGUUGGAGAUUCUGUUCGAGUCGCUGAACGGGUGCGAUGUGAGUCUCCAUGACGACGCGGCGCUAGCGCUGCUGAGCCGUGGCGUGUCGAGUGGCAUGGUGCUGGCGCUGGGCCACUCGACGGCCGAGUUUGUGCCGGUCGAGGAGGGCUUCACCACGCACCACUUUGCCAUGCCGAUGGACGACAGCAUGACGGGAAUAGCGACCACGCGACGCCUGAAAGACCUGCUGGCCAAGAGUCCUCACGACUUCACGAAAGAAGUCGUAGGGAAGUGCCACCUGAGCGACGAGUACGCGCAAGCCCUGAAGGAGGACUACAGCAUGGUGGCGCAGUUCUACAACCAUCAGCUCUGCGACUUUGACGAGAGCUGGAAGCGAGUGCUGGAGGAGAAACAGCGGCACUCGCGCGUCUCACUCGGGCCGCGCAUGUUCUGGUACGACAACCGGCAGCAAGUCGAUCCCCGCAAGAACAUUGUCCAAGAGCUGAAACUGAAGGACAGGGAAGGGAAAGAGUGUGAGCUUAUGUUGGGCCCGGAAAGAAUGGCUGUGUACGAAAGUCUCUUCGACGCCCGUCGCCUAGACCCGGAGCAAAUGUACGUUCCUGAAGAGGAGACAGGCGUACUGGCCGGGCCCGGCAGAACGGGCAAGACGGUGCCAGUUCCCAAAGAUGGUCUAGCCGGACGCAUCACCGCUCACUUGGAGGUUCUGGCCGAGUACGCUGUAAACGGCACGGUACUCCGGAACCUCGUGGUGACUGGCGGUAACGCAUGCGCCCCGGGCUUUGCCGACCGCCUCGGCUCCGACCUGCUUCGCUACAGCAGGGAGAAUGGCAAGAAGGUCUGGACGCUGCCGAGGCACCGGGUCCUGUCGUCGCCAAACCCUCGCUACGACGUGUGGAAGGGCGGCUCCAUUCUGGCGACGCACCCGAGCAUGAGCUGGGUGAGCAAGCGCUUCUACAUGGAGCACGGAGCUGCCAACACGAUAAAACAAAAGCUGUGGCUGAGAGAGUGAGCACUGGACCAAGAUCGCCUGCCAUGCAUCGCCUGAACAGAGUGGACUGGCGAUGUAGCACUCAGAGAACGUGUUUACUGGUAUACGCUACGGGCAAUGUGUGCACAUGCUAGCACUAACAGGGAAACACAUACUCCCUGGCCUCAUGUGUCCGCAGAUUACCAGCCUGAAACGUAUGCAGAGUAUACCGGAUCAACUGUGAAUACAAUACCAGUGGUUCUUAUGGUCUCUGGCCUGAUUUGAAGUGGCCGUGGCCCUGUGUUUGUCAUCGUAACCAUAGUUACAGUGGGACUCCUGCAUAGACACUGUCAGUCACGUUACCUUGCCGACCGUACUACAUUGUGUACUUGAUUUCCACCAUAGUCCAUAGCCUGCGCAAUGGGCUGGAUACAUUUUGUUGUUUUGACUCAACUCCAUGCCCCAGCAUGGUCUGGUCUACCUGCCAAGUGCAAUCAUUGUGCAAUCAUUGUGCUAGCCUGUA